UUCUCUCACAUUUUUCACCAAGUUUUUAAUAAAGAAGUAGGUACCUACUUAUGGGAUUCGCAGCUGGCAGUCGUUUAAUUAUGCUAUUUUCAAGUACCAUUUUAAAACAAAACCACUUCGAUACUCCCGAGUGCCGACAAAAACUUGAAAACACGUGGUUCGGAUACAAAAACGCGCCAACUCUCAAUUUGUGCAAUGAUUGUGCUUAAUGCGUGCCAUGUGGUCAUUCCCGGUCACGCUUACUCGAUUCCGCUAACUUCAUUUUUAUCUACCAUCCAUCUCUUUCACACUUGCGGUUUUUUAUCGAAACCGAGCGCCCCUCUCGCUCUCUAGCUUCAGUCUGCGUUCUACCGCGUGAGGGGACGGUUGUGUUGCGCGUUUUUUUAAUUUCGCGUGAUCGCUUCCGAUAAAAAACAUUCGGAAUUCAAAUAUACUUUUUUUUGUUUUUCGCGAAAGUGUGGUGAUUGCUUGAGUGCGUAAACCGUUAAUGUGUGUGUGCUGAAUUGUGGUGUUGAAGUGCAUUUUGGAAUGUUGCAAACCUAUCAGGUAGCGGGUGAAGUGAGCGGUUUCUGAACGACCUAGUGCCAGUGAAGUGUCAGUGAUGUGCGAAUAGCCAUGCGCGCGCGCCGGCGCGUGACGUGACGUCAGAACCCAAGAUGGCGGACACCAGUCCCGCCACCUCCAUCAUCGAGGGCACCGUCAAGUUUAGAGACGGGAAGAAGUGGAAAUCAAGAUGGUGCGUGAUGCGGAAGCUAUCUCCAGUAGCAGACUGCGUGCACCUCCAGCUCUACAAGGACCUGAAGGAACGCCAGAAGAACGGGCAGACCAAGGCCUCCCUGUCCCUGCAGCAGUACCUCGGCUUCGAGGCUGGCUUCACCUUGGACAAGGAGUCCAACACCCUGGCCAUCCUGUGCGAGGAUGUGGUUCCUGUGCUAGCGUUUGAUACGAGGGAGAUCCUCAUACAGUGGAGAGUUAAGGUGCAACACAACCUCGGCAGCAGCAAGGAAUUCGCGGCUGUCAUUAUUCAAGCCCCCAAUUCCUUGAAGCCGGGUCCAUGCCGACUGCAUGCCUGCGGACCAAGGCUGGCGCUCUGUGCCAACCGGCCUCCUGAAGUACUGGCGUUGUGGGACGUCAAACUGUUAAGACGUUUCGGCAUCGUAGACAAGCGGUUCUGCGUGGAAGGUGGCUCCCGCUGCGGCAAGGGGGAGGGGUUGUUCGUGUUCGCGGCAGAGGGGGGGAGGGAGUUAACGGACCUCCUCAACAUGUACAGCCACGAUGCGCAGUCUAGGCUCAGCGUCGCGUCUAGGUCUGGCUCAGUUCUAGAAAAGCGCUACUCGGACACAUCCAGCAUGGACGACGGGUUCCCCUCGCUCCGCUCCGUGUCCCCCUGGGCGCCGACCAGCCAGACUAUGCACUGUAUCUCAGACCUGGACUCCAGCAUGGAGGAGGACAAAUUCAGGAGGCCUACGUCGCUGCCUAGGUGUUCCAGUUGCAUUGGGAAGAUCAGUCAUCUCACUAGAUCUUCUGUGGGCACACCUGGAUCCAUGAUGUCUCCAGUGUGGACGAUGGGAAGCAUCGUGGAGAAGCGGUCGGAUUGCGACCGAGCUUCGAUUUAUUCGCGCUCCAGUGGCAGUGCCUCUGAGUACAACACAGAAUCAAAACGCGGCAGCCCCGUGUGCUGCCCCAGCAUUCCCGCCAAGACGGGCGCCUGCCCCUGCUGGCAGCCCAAGCCCUGCUGCUGCCGCAAGUUCAGCGGGCCCUACGAGAACUACGACGUGCCAAAGACCCCCAUGCCCCUUAUCCAGGAACAUCCAAUCGACGGAGGAGACACAAAGAGCUUAUACGACACACCAAAGAAACUAAAAUGCCUUCUCAACCAAACGUGCAAUUGUAGCGAAGCCAAAAACCAAGACACUGUACAUAACGAAUCAUUUUCGAACUACGUCAAUGUGACACCCAUGCCCGAGAAACCGGCCAGAGUGCACAACUGCAAUUACGCAAAUGUAGACCUUUCAGCUACGUUAGAGAAGUUCGAAAGUUCCUUGCAGAUUUUAAGAAGCGCUGGUUUCAGUCAAGAAGAACUAGACGCUUUAGAAGAUAUACCAGAAAACGAUGACGAUAUAUCAACAGCCACAACGAAUACCGUCCAUCCUUCAGCGGAAUGUUGUAAUGAGCAUUCCAACUACAUGCACAUGGAGCCGCUUGAAAUAAGCAGUUCAAGUAACAGCAACAAAAACUGCUCGGAUAAUAUAAGCAGGAUCAGUCAUGUUUCCGAUCCAACGCAGCAUUCAGAAUCAGAUACGAUCAGUACAAGACGUUCCAGCUCUGCAGACUUCACGAAAAGGCAUUACGAUGACUUCCAAUGCUUCACACCAACAGUGUUGAGGAAAGCACGGAAGAACGAAUGCAUCAACGAAGGUAUCCCAAUCAUCAACGAACCUGAGGCGCCUAAAGAGGUCAAAGCACCUGAGAAAAGCGAGACCACCUUCGUUACCAGGUUUAGAGACGCAGUCAAAAUUAGAAGGUCAUCUAGCGUGCCUAGUAAAUCAGAUAAGAAUAGAGAUUCUUCGUCAUCGAACGAUUCUGGCGUUUCAACAGGCUCUUUGAAGCACCAUAAAGGUGACUUCGAGUUUGAGAUGCCGGUGACCAAUGGGAAGAGUUCUAAGAAGUACUUUAAGAGUAACAAACCAAUCAGGAGAGCGUUGACGCCUGUUCACGGGCCAUUUGUGAAGUCGAAUUCGUCGGAUCCGUUGAAGAACCUAACGUUUCACUUUGAGGAGGUCGCGACGAUGACUAAGUCGAAUUCUUGCGACGUAGACACGCUGACGAGACGGAAAAAACGGAAUGUGGACACGGACAUGACGGCGCGUCACAGCCAAGUCACCAACAACACGUCCUCGGGCGCGUCCGACACGUCCGACUACAUGGAGUCCCUCUCCGUAUCCUCCUUCAGCUCUUGUGACGUCACUGCCGAUCGCCACGCUGCUAGGCCGAGAUCAGGGAAAGAGUAUGCUAGUAUAGACAGGGCUACGCUCGCUAGCGUGUGUGAUGUCACCACUGGUUAAACUGGAUUAUGUCGUUGUUGUAUUAACUUGCAGAAUCCACUGAUUGUAUUUAGACAAGGUAAUAUGAAUUGAUCCUUCAAUGAUUACACCAAUUGG